AAGCGGGGAGCAGAGAGCCUGUGUUGCAAACUGAGCCCAGCACCCAAUCAGGUACCUCCGUCUGGUACCCGAGCCAAUCGGCAGCUUGCAGCUGAGGUUAAAGAUUGACAAUUGCAGGAGAGAACAGCAGGGAGAGAAGGCCUUCUGGGAAACCUGGACCCAUCUUUUUCCCCUCAUCCCCCGGCAAUCUCAAUUAUUGAUAACGAUAAAAGAAUAGGCUGAAGAUUCUACGAGUGAGAGAGGAAUAAAGUGUUAUAGAGGAAGAAGGAACAGAAAAACAGACUGAAGCUGCAGAAAUGGAGAUCUCUACAAGAUCAAAAGAUGCAGGAUCAACAGAGAGGAUGGCUCAGAAGAGAAAGGUUCCCAGUCCUUCACAUUCAUCAAAUGGCCACUCCCCAGCUGAAACAUCACCCUUUCCAGUGAAAAAGAAGAAAAGGCCAGGAGCUGUUAGCAGCAGCAAAGACCAGUCUGAGCUAAGACAUGGUCCCUUUUACUACGCGAAGCAGCCGGCACUCACCACAGACCCUGUUGAUGUUGUACCGCAGGACGGCAGGAACGACUUUUACUGCUGGCUGUGCCACCGCGAGGGCCAGGUGCUCUGCUGUGAGCUCUGCCCCAGGGUGUACCACGCCAAGUGUCUCAAACUGCCAGCUGAGCCUGAGGGCGACUGGUUUUGUCCAGAAUGUGAGAAAAUAACUGUUGCUGAGUGUAUAGAGACGCAAAGCAAGGCCAUGAUGAUGCUCACUACAGACCAACUUUCUUAUCUACUUAAGUUUGCUCUACAAAAGAUGAAGCAACCAGGUGAUCAUCCACGCUUGUCAUCUCGCUCCCCGCAUGCAGCUUCCUCGCAGAGAAAGACUUUUAAUUGGACUGAACCUUUCCAGAAACCAGUGUCUCUUGAACAGCAUCCUGAUUAUGCAGAGUAUAUUUUUCAUCCAAUGGAUCUUUGCACACUUGAGAAGAAUAUCAAAAAGAAAAUGUACGGCUGCACAGAGGCUUUUUUGGCAGAUGUUAAAUGGAUUUUGCAUAAUUGCAUUAUCUACAAUGGAGGCAAUCACAAGCUUACGGCUACAGCUAAAGUGAUAGUAAAAAUCUGUGAACAUGAGAUUAAUGAGAUUGAAGUGUGUCCUGAGUGUUACCUGUCCACUUGCCAAAAGAGAGAAAACUGGUUCUGCGAGCCAUGUAGCCACCCACACCCUCUUGUAUGGGCCAAAUUGAAAGGAUUUCCAUUCUGGCCUGCUAAAGCUUUGCGGGACAAAGAUGGACAAGUGGACGCUCGCUUCUUCGGUCAGCAUGACAGGGCCUGGGUUCCUCUGAACAACUGCUACCUCAUGUCCAAAGAGAUUCCCUUUUCUGUGAAGAAGACCAAAAGUAUUUUCAACAGCGCCAUGCAAGAGAUGGAGGUCUAUGUGGAGAACAUGAGAAAGAAAUUUGGCGUGUUUAAUUAUGCCCCCUUCAGGACACAGUACACUCCUGACAAUAACUUCCAGCUGCUUCUUGAUCCUUCCAAUCCCUCAUCCACUGCUGUAAAACCUGAAAAACCGGAGAAGAUUAAGUUGAGCAUUGAUAUGUCGGCAUCACCCAAGAUCGCCCUGACCAGGACCAUACUGUCUGGAGGAGGAGUGGGAGGGAGCACAACAGGACGGCAGCGCCUCCUCGGUCACGUGCAACGUUCCCCUAUGAGCACCAACUCCUCUGCACAUGGUGGCUCUGAUGGGGAGCAGGAAACGGCAGACAAGUCUCAGACACAAUCUGCAAACAGUCAGUCCAGUACAGGAGAAGAGUCCACUGACUGUACAGGAAAUUCCCUGGACAGUCCGAAACCACCCCACUGUCAGACUCCUGACACCUCCAAGCAGGAAAAGACACCACAGACUGGAAGCAUUCUAAACCUCAACUUAGAUCGAAGUAAAGCAGAAAUGGAUCUAAAGGAGCUGAGUGAGACGGUUCAGCAGAAACAGGGAACCACUCCAUCCCUCACCUCUCAAAAAAGGCAAAUCAAAAGCCGCUUCCAGCUAAACUUGGACAAGACAAUUGAGAGUUGCAAGGCACAGCUGGGUAUUGAUGAGAUCUCUGUGGAUGUUUAUAAGGGUGUGGAGCAUAGUGACUCUGAAGAGUCUGACAAAUCUGACUCCAGCGAGAGCGAGUAUGCCACAGAUGAAGAGUCAAAAACAAACACUGGCCAAGACUCUGUACCCAAAAAAGAACUGCAGAAGGAGCCUGCCAAGAGUAAAGAGAAAGAGCAACCUUCUGUAAGCCAGGUGGAUAAAGACAAAGCUGAUCUGCUUGUGAGAAAUGCCAUUGAUGAUUCCAGUGUAACAGUACUUGAUGGCCUAACUGAAGAGAAAAUAACCUCUGAUUUGGGAAAGGCGAACCCAGAUAUGACUGAUACAGCUUCAGAAGCGCCUGUAUCUAAAGAAAAGUCCCAGGUGAAACAAAAAGAGACAAAACAGAAAGUGGCGGCUGAGGACUCUGACUCAGAGAAGGAGCUGGUUAUUGAUCUUGGAGAAGAACAGCAUGGCAAGGAGAAAAAGAGAAGAAGAAAAGACAGCAUUAUUAAAAAGGAGUCAGCUGCUGAGAAAUCAGAAGGAAAAGCCUUGACCACAUCAUUGCUCCCAUCACCAAACACCGCAGCCACUGCCACAUCCUGCAGUGCUUCCACUCAGUCUCUGAUGGCCAUUCCUGUUACUAUGGUAACAUUCAACACUUCCUCUCCUGCAACAGUUAGCCACUCCUCCAUCUCCAGUGCCAACACACCAUCAUCCUCCUCCUCGGCCUCUGCCACACCUACUUUGAAGAAACAGCGCCCCCUACUGCCCAGAGAGACAGUACCAGUGGUUCAGAGAGCUGUAGUGUGGAGUCCAGCUGCAAAGUUUCAGACUUCUUCUCAGAAGUGGCACAUGCAGAAGGUGCAGCGUCAGCAGCAAACCCAGCAGCUUGUGGUGGCCCCACAAACGCAGGCAUCAUCUCCCAGGCAAAGCCAGGCUCAAGUGCUGACCCAAACACAAAGUGCUGGAAAUGGCUCUGCAGCCGUUCCUUCAUCUUCAUCUUCGGCUCAGCAGUCUUCACAAAGCUCUCGCUAUCAGACCAGACAGGCAGCUAAGACUGUUCAACAAAAAGACCCUCCCAUCAGCACAUCUACACCUGCUGGUACCCUGGUCCCCAGCAGUCCAGCUUCGGUUACCAUGAUAGCACCAUCAGGUUUGGGCACAGCUGCAGCAUCGCCUGCUGGAACGGACUUGUAUAUUCCCACUGCCUCGGCAGAUGUGGCUGCAGACAUUGCAAAGUAUACAAGUAAAAUAAUGGAUGCAAUUAAAGGUACAAUGACUGAAAUUUACAAUGACCUCUCUAAAAGUACCUCAGGGAAUACAAUAGGAGAGAUAAAACGGCUGAGAAUUGAAAUAGAAAAACUACAAUGGUUACAUCAACAGGAGUUGUCUGAAAUGAAGCACAAUCUUGAGCUGACGAUGGCAGAAAUGAGACAGAGUCUGGAGCAGGAAAGAGAGAGGUUAAUGUCGGAAAUGAAGAAGCAGAUGGAGCUGGAGAAGCAGCAGGCUGUGGAUGAGACCAAGAAGAAACAGUGGUGUGCUAACUGCAGGAAAGAGGCCAUCUUCUACUGCUGCUGGAACACCAGCUACUGUGAUUACCCAUGUCAGCAAGCCCACUGGCCCGAACACAUGAAGUCCUGCACUCAGUCAGCGACUGCCCCACAGCAGGAACCUGAGGCUGAGCAAACAGCAGAAGUCCCAAACAAAGGUGCAGGGCAGACCAGCAGUGGCCCUAAUGCCCUCAGAGAUGCCCCAGUGUCUGCCUCUUCAGACAAAGACUGUGACACAGAGAAAAGUACUGCUGUGACCUUGUCAUAAUGUAAAAUUAUGUAUGUUUUACUACAAUAUUAUGUCUUAGCUCUUCUGUGUGGGAUGCUGUUUCAAAGUUAAAACUCAGUUUAUCGAUAUUUAUAUUUCUUCGGUUAUCCAAGACUCUCAUAUUGUCCUCUAUGUACCAUAUCAAGUAUGACAGUAGACGGAAGUAAUCAUUAUUUAUGGACAGUUCACAAACAAUAAUUGAACACCUAUGUUCGUGCUUGUUGUUCUAUACAUUAAGCUGUUGAUGUAAAUUAUCUAAGAGCAUGCAUGGGUCUAACAAAACAUAAAUACACACAUAUCUCAAUGGAAAACCUUAUACAGCCUAUGUUAAUGGACUGUAACAGAUCAUAAAUGUAGAUCAUGAGACUGCUGGCAGAACUGCCUGUAAAAUGCUUUUUUAUAUUUUUGUUAUUCAACUCUUAUUUGAUGUGUACUUUUAAAUGUAUAUAUAUAAAUACAUUUUAAAACAA